AAAUUACUUAACCUUCGGUGACUUUAUUUAAAUUUCAUAGUUCAAACUUCAAGAUGGGAAUAAUUACGGGCUUACUUAGAAAGAUAUUAAAAUUAAUAUUAUAUGUGCUAUUUUUUUCUUCAAUUGUACUGGUCAUACCUAAUCUCCCACCGUACACACAGUUCACCAAGUUACAACCAGAACCAACUCUACCAAGAACGGGGGCCUUAGCGCCGAACGAAGCAUUGAAUAAUCCGGGCAAGCUUUUCGAGGGAAAAAUUCUAGGGCCAGAGGCGUUCGAUGUGCAUAAUGGUGAGGUGUACACCGGUCUCGCCACCGGGGAGAUCGUCAAACUUUCACCGGCCGGUCAUGUCACAUUCGUGACCAAAUUGGGUAGACCAUGCACUGGUCUGCAGCAGGAACACAUCUGUGGCCGCCCCCUUGGUUUGCAGAUUGACAAGAAAACAAACCAACUGUAUGUGGCUGACGCCUACCAUGGAGUUUGGAAAGUUGACUUGAAAACUGACAAGAAGCAGCUUCUCGUUUCACCUAAUGUUGAAAUAAAUGGCAAAAAGCCUAAAUUGAUCAAUGAUAUUGCUCUUGACAGUAAUGGGGAUCUGUUUUGGACGGACUCUAGUGCAGACUUCCCGUUAAAAGAUGGAUCACAUACUAUGUUGUUGGACCCAUCAGGAAGAUUAUUCCAUUACAAUGCUGCCAAAAAUGUGAGUACAGUUGUGGCUGACAAAUUAGGAUUUCCAAAUGGAGUUGUCAUCUCACCUGACAGACAGUUUGUGCUGGUGGCGGAGACCACAUCAUACAAAAUAACCAAAAUCUACAUCAGCGGACCAAAGAAGGGAAAAUCUGAGGUGUUUGUUGCGGGCCUGCCAGGUACUCCGGACAACAUGCGUGCCCUACCCGACGGUUCCGGCGUGCUGGUGGCGCUAUACACAGUCUUCGGCGACGAUCACCCGCUGAUAGCUAAGACGCUGCAACCUCUACCGCUCCUGCGGAAGUUCCUCAUCAGAACCGUGCUAAUGGUCGAAAACACAUUCGACUUCUUGAACACCCAAGUACCCCAUCCGAUCUUGGAAGAUAUUGUUUACAAACUGGGUAGCUUCGAGAGUGUAGCGGGCAUGGUCUCCGGAGUAUCUGGGCUCGUUCAGAUCGACUGGAACGGUAACAUAGUGGCGUCCUACUUCAGCACCGACGGCAGGACGCCCGCCUUGAGCGACGCUAUUGUGGUAAACGACAAGCUGUGGACCGGCGCCCCGCACGGACAAGACUACAUCGCGGCCUUCCCCGCACCCCCGCUACUGAAAAAAGCCUUCGCCUCUGCCAAAGUUGAGGAGAAACCUCAAGUCCAGAAAGUCGAACUGCCGAAGGCUACCCCUCCCACGCCGAAAGCGACGCAGCCACCCCCGCAACAGAAGCCGGCGCCCACUAAACCCGUAGAAAAUAAACCCGAGAAGAAGCCCGCCCAGCAAACGACACCCCCGCCCCAAAAACCCGCGCCGACCAAACCCGUGGAGACUAAACAGGAGAAGAAGCCCGCUCAGCAAACUACGCAACCGCCGCCUCAGCAGAAACCCGCUCAGCGAGCGCCGCCUCCCGCCCAGCAAAAAGCGGCGCCGACGGAGAAGCCCAAGCCCGCCGAAACUAAGCAAGCCGAGAAGAAGCCGGCUCCGCAACCGAAGCAGCCCGCCAAACCUGCCGAUGCACCAGUCAAACCAAAGGAUACGAAACCAACACAACAAGCGGUCCCGGAGGCUGCCAAGCCAGCGGAAAAGACGCAAGCGAAAGACCAACAGAAGACCACACCCCCGCCCAAGACUGAAACCAAACAGCCCCCUAAAGCCGACAAACAGAUUCCGGUCAGGGAAGAGAUCCCGUCGGACACCGCCAAACCUAGCAACGACAAGUUGAAGGUCAUCAAGAAGUCUGGUCCCGAUGUCAUUCCAAACCCGAAUGUGUGAUUCUGCACACUCAGCACAUUCCACACAAACAUUUAGGAACAAAUUCUAAAACUCACAUCUAAACGGUUCAGGGGAACAUUUUACAUUGUUAUUCCAUGUUUUCAAAUGAAAUCAUUCCAUAUUAUUUUUUAUUCCAGUUAGGAAAAUAUAUUUUUUCUUUUUAAAAAUCUUAUUUAUACUAUUUACUUAUGAAUACUGUAAAAAAUGUAGAACUUAUUGUUAUAUUUCGUUACCCCAUAGUCACGAUGUGCAAUCUCGUAACUGCAAGUACCUUUAAAUAUUAUAUUUUAGUUGUAUUUCAAUGUUCAAAUACAUAGUUUAAGAGAUAUAUAAUGUAUAUUUAAAAACUUAAAUAAAAUCAUAUUCUCAAGCAAUAAUUAGAUUCUUUAACAUCAGCAAAUGCUCGAUAUUAUUUUUAUUUUGAUAAAAUAAAUGUGUUUUAUGCAUGUGUAAUGGUAACCUGCGUCAUAUAUUAAAAUACUAUACAGAUUUUAUUUUACUAGCUAUAAAAGUGCAUACCUAAGGUUGUUUGUUAGUCGUAAAUCACGGUUUUAUCUUUAAUGGCAUUUUAUAUUGUAGGUU